UUACAAAAUUUGUACGCAUUGGUAUCGCCGACAAAAACGAUUCACCGCCAUAUUUCGAUAGAUUUCUGUACGAGACUGAAAUCGAUGAAAAUGCCGAUUUGCAGAGCACAGUCCUCACUGUCAACGCCAAGGAUCACAAUGAGUCGACGAAUAUUCGAUACCAGAUCACAGGCGGUAACAUAGGCAAUGCCUUUGCCGUACAGAACACAACCGGUGUCAUUUACGUGGCAAGUCCACUCGACUACGAAACGCGGCCAAGGUAUGAACUUCGGCUAGAGGCGACGAGAAAUCGCAAAAACAACUACACCACCGUUGUGAUCAACGUUCGCGAUGUCAACGAUAAUCCACCGGUUUUCGAUCGUCAAACAUAUCGCACACAAAUCACUGAGGAAGACGAUCGCAAUCUGCCCAAACGUAUUCUGCAGGUUACCGCCACCGAUGGCGAUGUAGAUAGACCAAUAAAUAUUGUAUAUUUCCUGACUGGCCAGGGCAUCGACCCCGAUAAUCCUGCGAAUAGUAAAUUUGAUAUAAAUCGCACAACGGGCGAUAUUUUUGUACUCAAGCCCCUGGAUCGAGAUCAACCCAAUGGCAGGCCACAGUGGCGCUUCACAGUAUUCGCCCAGGAUGAGGGUGGCGAGGGUCUAGUUGGCUAUGCCGACAUUCAGGUUAACCUGAAGGACAUCAACGACAGCCCGCAGUUUCCGCAGGGCAUCUACUUUGGCAAUGUCACUGAAAAUGGUACUGCCGGCAGUCCCGUGAUGACCAUGGCCGCCGUGGACUAUGAUGAUCCCAACGAGAGCACCAAUGCCAAGUUAAUCUAUUCGAUUGAGAAGAACGUCAUCGAGGAGGAGACGGGGGCACCCAUCUUUGAAAUCGAACCAGAGACGGGGCUAAUCAAAACGGCAGUCUGCUGUCUGGACAGGGAGCGAACCCCUGACUACUCCAUCCAGGUGGUGGCCAUGGAUGGUGGCGGCCUGAAGGGCACUGGCACUGCCUCAAUUCGCGUCAAGGACCUCAACGACAUGCCGCCGCAGUUCACCAAGGACGAGUGGUUCACGGAGGUGGACGAGACAAAUGGCACUUACAUCCCGGAGACGCCCAUCCUGACGGUGACUGUUCAGGACGAGGAUGAAACCAACACGUUCCAGUACAAAGUGGUGGCGAAUAGUGGCUUCGCGGAUAAGUUUGCCAUGGUACGGAAUGCGGAUGGCACUGGUUCGCUGAAAAUCAUUCAACCAUUGGACUAUGAGGAUCCCCUGCAGAGUAGUGGCUUUCGGUUUCGCAUUCAGGUGAACGAUAAGGGUGAGGAUGGGCCGAGUGGUAGUGAUAAGUAUCACGUGGCGUACUCCUGGGUGGUGGUCAAGCUGCGAGACAUCAACGACAAUGUGCCCAAGUUCGAUCGCGAGCACAUCGAAGUCUCCAUCUACGAGGACACGAAAGUGGGUACAGUUCUGGAGCAAUUUCGAGCCACGGAUGCUGACCAGGGUGGUCAUUCGAAGGUUACCUACAAGAUAGUUCGAUCCACAAAUCGGCGAAGGCAAUUCGCAAUUAGCGACAAGGGAGCUGUCAGCAUACAAACCCUGGACAGGGAAACCCUCGAUCGGCAUCACAUCCAAAUCCUGGCCAUAGACGAUGGCCACCCUGCGCGAACUGCAACUGCAACUUUGACUGUGAUAGUCAAGGAUGUGAACGAUAAUGCGCCGACCUUUGCCCAGGAUUAUAGACCCACACUACCGGAAAAUGUUUCGGGUGGGAAAAUCGUGGAAGUGGCUGCCAAGGAUGCCGAUGAUCGACAGAGAGGCAAUGGAGGACCCUUUACAUUCCGUUUGGAUCCCUUGGCCAGUGAUGAAAUCAGAGCCGGCUUCAAAGUGGAAUAUGACCGCAGAGGUGACAGUGGCAAUGGCGUGGCUAUUGUCUCAUCCCUUCGCCCCUUUGAUCGUGAGGUGCAAACCUAUGCCAUUCCCAUCGAAAUCAAGGACAAUGGAGCACCAGCGAUGACGGGAACUAGCACCUUGACCGUGACCAUUGGCGAUGUGAAUGAUAAUAAGAUGCAACCUGGUAGCAAAUCAGUUCUGGUCUACAAUUAUCAAGGACAGUCACAGGAUACCCCGAUUGGUAGAGUGUAUGUCAAUGACCCGGACGAUUGGGAUGUGCCCGACAAGAAAUACUAUUGGGAGGUGCAGGAACAUCAAAGAUUCAAACUGGACACGGACACAGGAAUCCUUACGAUGAGAGCUGGAACCCGAAGGGGUCGCUAUCAACUCAAGUUCAAGGUCUACGAUCGGGAGCAUGGCCAAGAAGAUAUUCCAGCCAACUUGAGUGUUACCGUGCGCGACAUAACAUCAGAGGCUGUGCAGCAGGCUGGUUCGAUGCGACUGGCUCAUAUUACCGAUGAGGAUUUUGUGCGAACUUGGAACCCGGUAAAGAAUCAAGUGGAACCCUCGAAGCUGGAGAGAUUUAGGAACAAACUUGCGGAACUAUUGUACACGGAUCGCGAUAAUGUGGAUGUGUUUAGUGUGCAGCUCAAGGAGGACACUCCCUAUCCUUUGACAGAUGUUCACUUUGCAGCUCGAUCUGCAACCCAACAGCCUUACUUCAAGGCAGUUCGCCUGAAUGGUGUAGUGCAAAUGCAUCGCGAGGAGAUCGAACAGGAAGUGGGUCUGAAUAUCACCAUGGUGAAUAUCAAUGAGUGCCUCCAGGAGGGCAAAGGCAAGUGUGGCUCCGGCUCCUGCUCCUCCAAGGUGGAGUUGGGCAAAAAACCCUAUACGGUUAGUGUAAAUCGAACUGCUUUGGUCGGCGUCCGCCUGGAGAUCAGUGCCCAGUGUGUGUGCCGGGCCAGGAAUUUCACCAAUCAGGAUCACAACUGCAGGAGUCAUCUUUGCUACAACGGAGGCCGGUGUGUGGAGACCCGAAAUGGACCGAAAUGUGUGGCCUGUCCGGUGGGUUACAAUGGGCCACGAUGCCAGCAAUCCACGCGCAGCUUUCGAGGCAAUGGAUGGGCCUGGUAUCCGCCACUUCAACUCUGCCAGGAAUCGCAUCUCAGUUUGGAAUUUAUUACCCGUGAAGCGGAUGGUCUGAUCCUAUACAACGGACCCAUUGUUCCGCCAAAGCCAGGUGAACCCGUAAUUAGUGACUUUGUCUCACUGGAACUGGAACAGGGAAAUCCCCGGCUGCUCAUCGACUUCGUCGGAACGCUGGAACUAAAAGUCAAGACAAAGAAAACCCUGGAUGAUGGAGUCUGGCAUCGUUUGGACAUUUUCUGGGAUGCUGAGAAUGUACGAAUGGUUGUGGACUUUUGUCGCACUGCCUUGGUGUCCGAAAUGGAGGAUGGCACUCCGCCGGAAUUCGAUGAUAAUGCAUGCCAGGCCCGGGGACAAAUUCCUCCGUUUGCCGAAUCUCUAAAUCUGAAUCAACCUCUACAACUUGGCGGACUUUACAGGCAGCAUUUCGAUCAGACUCUCUACAAUUGGCAGUAUGCCUUUAGCUCAAAGGGUUUCGAUGGAUGCAUCCGCAAUGUUAUUCACAAUUCGGAGCAUUAUGACCUGGCGUUCCCAGCUCUGGCCAGAAACAGCUUCCCCGCCUGUCCACAAACCGAUGAGGUUUGCCUGAAGACCGAGCACACGGCUCGAUGCUGGGAGCAUGGCAAUUGUGUGGCCAGCCUGGUCCAGGCCAAGUGCCACUGCCAGCCGGGCUGGAUGGGUCCGGGCUGUAAUGUACCCACCAUACCCACAACCUUCAAGGCCCAGAGCUAUGUGAAAUGCCUGAGCUUUGAACCCGAUCGUUUUUCCACCCAACUGCAGCUGAGAUUCCGUACGCGGGAGCAGGGUGGCGAGCUCUUCCGGGUGAGUGACCAGCAUCAUCGGGAAUAUGCCAUCCUGGAGCUGCGACGAGGUCACCUUCAGUUUAGGUAUAACCUGAACUCCCUGCGGAAUGAGGAGCAGCUCCUCACCUUAACGGCCGUGGCUGUCAACGAUGGACAGUGGCACGUGAUUCGCAUUAGUCGCUAUGGAUCGGCAGCUCUGAUGGAACUUGAUGGCGGGGAAUCGAGACGGUACAAUGAGUCCUUCCACUACACCGGCCACCAAUGGUUGACCAUUGACAAGCAGGAGGGCGUCUAUGCGGGCGGCAAGGCCGAAUAUACGGGCAUCAAGACCUUUGAGGUGCAGGCCGACUUCCAGAGGAGCUGCUUGGACGACAUCAGGUUGGAUGGGAAGCAUCUACCCUUGCCGCCCGCCAUGAAUGGCACCCAAUGGGGCCAGGCGACGAUGGCCAGGAAUGUGGAAAGGAACUGUCCCUCGAACAGGCCCUGCUCCAAUGUCAUAUGCCCGGAUCCCUUUGACUGUGUCGAUUUGUGGAAUGAAUACGAGUGCACUUGCAGCGAAGGUCGCAUCAUGUCCUCGGACACCAAGGGCUGUGUGGAUCGCAACGAGUGCCUGGAUCUGCCCUGUUUGAAUGGAGCAACCUGCAUCAAUCUGGAGCCCCGCCUACGAUAUCGAUGCAUCUGUCCGGAGGGAUAUUGGGGAGAGAACUGUGAGCUGGUCCAGGAGGGACAGCGCCUAAAGCUGAGCAUGGGCGCAUUAGGGGCCAUAUUCGUCUGCCUGAUUAUCAUACUGAUUCUCGCCCUAAUUUUCGUGCUCUACAGUCGCAAACGCAAGACCACCAAGAAAAAAAAGCGAUCCGGCCCUGAAAAGGAUGUCCGCGAAACGGUCAUCAGCUAUGAGGACGAGGGCGGCGGCGAGGACGACAUGACGGCCUUUGACAUAACGCCACUGCAAAUACCAAUCAGCGCCCAGGGAGGACCGCCGGACAUUGCCGCCUGCAAGAUGCCCAUAAUCUAUCCCGUGAUGACGCUGCUGCCACCUGGCCAGGAGCUCAAUGUGGCCUAUCUGAUGGAGGAGCGAAAGCAGCGCAUCGACAAGGAUCCCAAUGCGCCGCCCUUCGACGACCUCCGCAAUUUCACCUUCGAGGGGAGCGGCAGUAUUGCCGAGUCACUGAGCUCACUAGCCUCAGGCACUGAUGAUGAGAAUCAAGACUUUAACUAUCUGCAGAACUGGGGUCCACGUUUCAAUGCUCUGGCCGCCAUGUACGUGCACGAUAAGGCGAAAGCCAAGCAGCUUCCAUCGGAUGGAGGCGGAGGCGGUGGACCCGGAGGGUCAUCAUUAUCGCCAACCGGAGGAGGUCACGGCGGAGGUGGAGGUGGACCAGAUGGAGCAGCAGCAGCGGCAGCAGCAAGAGGAGCGUCAUCGUCCCUAGGCAGUGGCGGCAGUGUCCUGGCAGUGAGUGUUGCAACCGGUAGUGGGGCAGGUCCUGGUGGUGGCGGUGGCAGUAUCAGUGCGGGUGUCAGUGGGUUAAUGUCCCAGCCCGAUGUCGACAAAGUUGUAUUAUAAAAAUAAAUAGUUAAGUUGUAGUUAAAAUGAUGUUUCAGCUGUAAGCACGAUGGGGAAAAAAGAAAAUGAAAGGAGGAAAAUAAGGAGUUUUCCAACCCGAAAACAGGUGUUUUGUGUAUUCGUGUGUCUGGUUAGGGUUAAUUGUAUGUACAUGUGGCUAACAGUGAAAUUUAAGACUAACAAUAAGAUUUUAGAUGUUUUCUCUCACACAUAAGAUAUAGAGAAGGGGCUUAAUUAAAGAUUGAGUUCUUGAACAUACUUCUCUGAAUUUAAAGUAUCUCUUUCCGUCGAACUUUGUGCUUCCUGAAACAAAAACUAAAUGAAAUUCUAAAGAAAUUUCCAUUCAUAAGUGAACUAUUUUCCCAAGAAACAAUUCUUUCAGUCCCACUUUUCUAUUCUCUCAUCUUCUUCGACAUUUUCUCCAUGACUUCCAACUGAACCAACGGAUAAAUCAAAGAAUAAUUCCAUAUAAUAUAUAUAUAUGUUUAAAUUAAGCAUACUAUACAUUCGAAAAAAAAGAGUUUAUAAAACUUGCUAUAAAUUAGUUAAAGACCCUGUAUAAAUACGGCGUUAACUCUGUAGCACCUAAGUUGAGCAAAACUAUCCUCAAAUUUUCCCCGAUUGCCCCCUCAGAAAAUGUUGAACGUUUGCAACUUUUGUGCGCCACCGAAAAAAGGGGAACGUGUCCGAUUCCACAAGGUGGCACGAGGAAAAACCUGAAAACAGAGGCUGAAAUCUGCCACCGAACCCGCGUGCAGCCACAAAAGUUGGCAGAGAAAGUAGAAAAUUUAAUAGGAGAAAAAAUCAUAACUAACUUUGGUGAAAUUAAACGAGGGACAAAAUAAAAAAAAAAGGAAAAGAGAACUGUAACAUAAUUUUGUACAUAUUAAAUACUCGGUAAUUCUAUCAUUAAAUUAAAGGCUACUGCAGCGAAAACAAAACUCACACACAAACACGUGGAAACCAACUAAUAGACUAAUUAACUACAUUUAAAUCUACAUUUAAUUACCGACAACAAAGACCGGAAACAAAAUACGAGUGUUGAUCAAACCAAUUUCAAAUUUCCGCAUUUACUAGCAACUACACAACCAGUACAGAAAACGAGAAUAUAAUAAUAGCAUUGUAAUAUGUAUUGAAUUAUGUGUCAUACACGAGAAAAUGGUUAAUUACAUUUACGUUAGUUAAUGGACAAUUUGUUAGUAGUUAGCAUCUAAGUCAUAUUUUCUAAAAAUCAAU